GAGUAUAUAAAAAGGAGAUAGUAUUUCUACAAUACUCGAGCAGGUUCAAUAAUACGACUUACAACCUUGAGCUCAUCAACCCUGCACUCAAAGCUUCAACCCCCCCUCUCAGUUCGAGAUAUUUGAUUCCAUACAAGUAUUUCAUCACUACAGUAUCACAUCACCACAUCAUUACACCACAUCAACAUCUAAUAUAUCUUUCUCAUCAUGGAUUCUUCACAAAUAAAUAUUCCCCCAAUGAAAGAUCUCACCAUCGACAACAUCACCGAAAACACCAUCCGAAUAAAUUCUCAAGGAAGUGAUGAACGUCUCACAUAUGUUAUGGAAAGACUCGUUACGCAUCUCCAUGAUUUUGCCCGUGAAACACGUUUGAGUACUAAAGAAUGGAUGGCUGCACUGGAUUUCCUGGUGAAGGUUGGUCAAAUAUCUAGUGAUGUUAGACACGAAUUUAUCCUUCUGUCAGAUAUCCUCGGACUAUCUCUCCUCGUCGACGCAAUUGACCAUCCCAAGCCCGCCUGUUCAACCGAAGGAAGCGUCCUCGGUCCCUUCCACACCCACGAUGCAGAAGUAAUGGCAUCGGGCGAUAAUAUGUGUUCCGAUCCCCAAGGCGACCCCUGCAUCGUUCUCUGCACCAUUAAAGACGUCUCGGGAACACCCAUCCCAGAUGUCAAAAUCGAUAUCUGGGAGACAGAUUCCACAGGUCACUAUGAUGUCCAGCACGACAUCCGGGAUCGACCUGAUGGAAGAUGCGUGAUGAAGAGUGGUUCCAAUGGAGAAUUCUGGUUCAAGGCUAUCGUGCCGGUUCCCUACCCUAUCCCGCAUGAUGGGCCUGUAGGCCAGCUUUUGAAGCUAUUGAAGAGACACCCGUGGAGACCGGCCCAUAUGCAUUUUAUGUUUGAGAAGCCGGGUUGGGAUCAUCUUAUUACCGCAUUAUAUCUUCGAGGCGAUCCAUACGAAUCAUCAGACGCAGUAUUCGGAGUGAAACAAUCAUUAAUCGUAGAUUUUGAACCCGCAACCGCUGAGAUCGCAAAAAAGUAUUCAGUUCCCGAAGGAUCAAAAGUCUUGAAACAUGAUUUUGUUUUGGUGAGUGAGAAAGAGACGGAAGAGUUGAGAGAUCGGAAUGCGUUGAAGGCUUUGAAGGAUUUGGGUAUGAAAGUAAAGUUGUUAGAUCAUUUACCGGUGCCGGAUCUAGAUUGAUUAAUUAGCAAAAGGGAUUACGGCCGAGAUAUGUGAUGAGAAUCAUGAGAAAAGGAAUACCACAUUUUUCAGGGGCUCUAGCCCGUUCUUGUUGAUGAAAGAUGUGAAUAUGC